AUUUUCUUUUGCUUCCUACCUAUCGCUAAUUAAUUUUCCAUCUGUUAAGUCGAGGCAGUUAUAAAAAAAAAAUGUCUGAACUGCAAUCAUUUUUUUGCUUUUUUUUCUUUUAGACUGGAAGUUGUUGGUGAUGUGUCUUAGAUUAAGACAUCCGCAUUUAAAUAUACUACUUGGCGAUCCGUGAUGGAGACUCCCAGCAUCCAACUAGUUGAUAAUACAGUUCCUACUGAGCGACCAACAGACGACGCGGUCUUCUCCCGGACAACAACCGCGACCAGCGGUGCGAGCUUGUUCAGGAAUGGCUCUAGACUGUGGAGUCGACCGUCUCUUCGUGGGGAGCUGGCGAAACGCAAGUUCGCAAAAUGGCAGCCUGGUCGCCUGGGAGUCGCCAACGAUGAUAGCGCGAGUGAUCGGCCUUCACCAUCGGAUGAGAGACAGUUAUCACUUACGGAGACCAAUACAAACACCUAUACUAAUGUGACCGCCCAUAGUAAUACCAUUGCCAACGCAAACACUGUCGAAGAACAUGCUCCUCAGGAGGAAUCGCCUGGGACCCAAGACGGCGGAACAGCGCACCAGUCCAAGAACCAUCCGAAAAUAUGUGGCCUGAAACCGGGUAAUGAGCUGGACAUUCUCUAUGAGAACCAACGUGGCUGGUUUUUCUUCGGGAUCCCGCUUUACUCGCACAGCUCGUUGCUGAAUCUCGAUCCUAGUCCGUGGAUUACCGCCGACGGGCGAAAUAGUAUCGUCGAUAUCACGAAUGCUCAGCUACCGGAUCCAAGCUGGGAGUGGGUUUGGAGGGCCUGGUACGUGGAUAUGUCUGGCGAUGUUGAUGAGCAGGGCUGGCAGUAUGCCUUCUCAUUCGGCUCGCCGACGUGGCAUGGGACUCAUCCGUUCUGUCACUCGUUUGUGCGGCGACGGCGGUGGGUACGGCUGAGAGUUAAGCGCGCGUCCGAUCGGGGUACUGAUCGAGGGCAGACGGGGUUGGAGAUGGCGCAUAUGCUUAAUGAGGAUUAUUUCACGAUUCACUCGAGGGGGAAGAGUAAACGGGCUUCAAGCGCGGAGUGGGCUUCUAGAGUGACUUCGCUUAAUUUAAGUCGGGCUGCUACGAGGGCAGACGAGGAGGGUAAUUUGGAGGAAAUUAGGAAUAUUCCUACGCUGAUGUUGGCGUUGAAGGCUGCGAUUGUGGAUCGAGAGAAGCUUGAUGUUGUGAGGAAGUUUGUUGAGGAGGGUGGCGAUGAGCUUUAUUAUCUGGAUGGAAAGAUUCCUGAAGUCAUGUCGCGAUUCGUCUAUCAAGCGUCUCGAUGGCAGCUCCUCACUUACUUCAAGGAUACCGUUCACGAGCUCUCCCAGGAAACAGCCCAGACAAGCACAACGGGACGAGAAGCUGAAGACAUUCGACGCAAACAGGAAUAUCUCUUGAAAGCAGUCGAGGCAGGCCGACAUCAUCUCACCAAUCCCGAAGUCUUCCACGAGCCUGCACCGACUCAGGAGCAGGACUCCACGACAGAUUUGCUAGAUCUAACCCCGAGAACGAAGAGAACCAGUCUUUUAUCACGAUACUCGGGCAAAUUUUCAUUUAAACCGAUGAACAAUGGAGGAGCAAUCAAGGGUAUCCCCAAAGAAGCGGAGAUUGGCCAUGAGUGUCUGAAAAGAUGCGGCUUGUCUGCACCUACAACAACAUUCGACCAUGCCGCGACCCGCACGGUAGCAGAUGAACCACUGUUGUUGUUUCUUUACCCUCACUGGUUCCGGCGGAGACACCAACAGCAGCAACGGCGUCCAAUCUCCUCCUCCUCCUCGUCCGUACACGUGAAUUCCUCGGGGAGGACUCUUAGGCGUGAUACUCGGAGGCCAGUGCCGCAUCGAAAGCAGUCAUUUGGGGCAUCCUCGAGAAGGUGGAUCUCGGGGGGGUCGUUGGCUACGGAGUCGAAGUCGGAGACUGGAAUUGUAAGUGGAACUGGGACCAGGGUCGGGACGGAGGGUAUUGGUGAUUCCCUGUUGCAAAGAAGGCAGCAGGAAGAGAAGCCUGAGUACCAUGGAGAGAAGGAUAUCGAGUCCAAGUCUGCAUCAGCGGUUGGGCAAGCACAGGAUGAACUGACGGCUAAUAUGCGCGAUGAUCAUGGGGGCUUUAAUCCCUUUGCUGGGCCCGAGAGCGGGGGCGAACUGAAGGUGCUCCACAUGAUGUCGCGUAGCCGACGACGUCUUAGCGACAUGUUUCGUGAUUUUGAGCUAGAGCGGACGCAGAAAAAUUCGCGGGACAGGCAAACGAAAACGGAGAGGCCAGCGGCGGCUAUUGUUCCGAAAUUGUCGACGAGAGACCAACGGAAGCUGCGGAAUCGCGCGUACUACGUGGAAGGCCUGGAGGGUUUACAGCCGCACCCGAGAACCAAGCAGUGGGACGCGAAGAUCAGAACUCUGCUCGAGAGAUUUUCUCGGGGAGAUGCGCAGGGGGAAAAGCGGAAGACGAUCUUGAUUCCCGAACACACGCUGGCCCUGUUGGCUGGCGUGUCGGAUGCGUCGAUGGGAGAGAACAUUUGGUACGUUCCGCUGCGUCAUGGGUGUCGAGUGCAUGUGCUGCCCCCAUCCGAGAGCAAGGGAAUUGAUCGAAAGGCUGUUCUCUCGGGGUCUGCGGCGGCCGUUAGUGAGGUGGUCAAUCGCAUCAAGCACGUCCAAGAUCUCCAGGAGCGGGGAGAUCCCUUGGUUGAUAUUCGAAAGCCGGUGAUUCCCGUGUUUCCCUCUGCUCGACUGUCAAGGAGGAAACCGGAUGAGCCGCGUAUCAGGGGUGUCUGGGAUACUCGUUCGGGUCCGCAGGGUGUCUUACUAGAUUUGAUUCUCGAUCGUUCUGAGCGGGUGUCAACGGUUAGGGAGUUCGCAGAGCAUGUGGAAGAACUCACGAUAUCUCUACCGUCCAAGCACGCUAUCAGGGGGAAGGGUAACCAGCCACUUCCCCACAGCGAGCAGGUGGCGGCGGUUUUGAUGGCGCUGUUCAAGAAUGAAAAGAACCAGUUUCUGAUUUCUACGGCCGCGCUGAAUUCAGCCCUGGAGUUUCUUCUUGAGCACGAGCUCAUAACUCUAGCUAAGGAAUUGUUUCUAAUCGAUACUUUUAACAUCCUCCUGAAAUCUGCUGCGGAGAGGCAGAGCCUCCCCUUCUUCCUGAGUGCUCUACCAGCCAUGACACGCAUGGGUAUCCGCCCGAACUCUAUGACCUGGCUCGCCUAUCUUAACUCUCUUAUUUCACCGGGUUCCAAAGCACGAUUUAUCAAGUCAAUGGAGCGGAAGGGGCUUCUGCAGGAGCCACGUGCCUUGCGCUCUGCGCUUCAAUUGACAAUUCACGAUACUCUUACUAGACAUCUAGCAAGCGGGGGAACCGUGGACGAGUUCUUCAAUAAGACAAUCAAGACCGCCUGGUUGAACUGGUUCUCCCCGUCUCUGGUUCAUCAGAUGUUCAAUGCCAUUGUCCAUCAGAAGAACCUUGCUGCCUUGGAUCGCAUGGUGGAGAUUUGCAAGGAGUGUAACAUGGACGUUCCAAUCUCCCCGACAAUCAGCCAGAUCGCACUCCUAUUCCGCCGGGAUUUCUACUCAAUCCUCAACUAUCUUUUCCUACUUUCGCCAGACGCGAAGUUCAAACUCAGCAAGCAAGCAUGUGAACGACUCUUCCUAAUCGCUUUCAAAGCCAAACAUUACAACAUCUGUCGUGUCCUCUGGACCUACGCCUGUAUCAACGGAACGGUCACCUUCCAGAUGAAGGAUGCGGUGCUGUUCUCCCUAACCCAGAACAUUGGACGAAAGGACCUCCCAGAGCAGGAGACCCUCUGGCGCACCAGCGCAGGCAAAGUCAUUGUGGGCUUCGACCUCCGUUUUCGCGAUUACCCACUUCAGACCUUGAUCACGGAGAAUUUCCCCCGGGAGUUUCACCAGCAUCCGGUCUCGUAUCUCGUCGCGGGAUCGAAAUUGGAGGGGGAAGAACGUGAGAAACAGCGCCGUGCGGCUCGCAUGUUGAUCCAGCGUGAUAUCGAGGUUGGCUCGUGGUAUUCUCCUAAAUACCCAUUAAUGAUCAUGCUCGAGGCUGCUGCGGAGAUGGACCGGGAAUGGGAAGGGGUCCCGCGCCAUACGAAAUGGCUUAUGCAGAAUGCUAUUCGUGUUCCCGUGGUGUUGUCUAUAUAAACGAGCCGCUGUUCUCUUACUCAAAUAUUUGAGUUCAUCUGCUUGUGCAUACGCUAUGCUUAUCCUGUAUUACUACUCCCUCUCUUGUCUCAUACCCUUUCUCGCUUUUUUAUCUGGACUGUAUAAACCUCGCCGUGUACCUUACAAUCAAAUGUAUAUUGCGCCCCUCAGGGAUGACUCCUGCCUCUGUAUAUAGAGAGAGACAUCACCAAGAUAGAAU